UGAUAAGCUGGUCGUCGGGCCAGUUUUAAAUCAGUGAAAACAGUGCGACUGAAACCCUUGGAACGAGAUGCGAUCUGUACUGCCGUCGGUGGGAUUUCUGCUGCUCCUGGCUCUGCUGCUCGGCUCCUCGUGCACUGAAUCCGGCAGGGUGAUAUAUUUCAAUCAACUGAACACCACCCAAGCCCAGGAGGCGGCCAAUAACAACACCCAUGCCCUGGGCAAGGGAAUGCUCCUCGAUGUGCGGGGAAAUCGCUGCCCACGCGGAUUCGUUCGCGAUCAUCAUGGGCGUUGCAGAAGGCGUGUCUAAAAUUGGACUCCCCCACUGGGCAAAGUUAAAUUUAAAUGCGUGUUUAUUUUUAAGUCUGUUUGCCUCGCCAGAU